AUGCCUCAUGCAACGGGGCCGGGCCCCACGGAGCCGGAUGAUGCGGACUUUGACAAUGUAAUGCGCCAGAUGAACGGACCCUUCGGGGAAGGCGGCAUGUCGUUCGAUUUCUUGACGAGAGAGUUGGAACCCGGCGAAAAAGCAGACGACGCGAUCGAUUACGAAGACAUCGACGACGAUGAUCUUCCCGAAGAAGAAGAACGAACGGGCGAACUUGCUGCAGAGGACGUAGCCGCGGUUGCGGAUGAUGAGGAGAAGGGUUUGUUCGAAGCGGAGGAUGAUCUCUUUGGGGAUCGCCAGGACCAGCAGGCCCCGGGGGGCGAUGAGCUUGACGAUCUCUUUGGUGAGGGACCGUCUUCACCUGGACCAGUACAGAUGGAUACCACUCGAGACCUGUUCUUCGAGGAAGAGGAAGAGACCAAGCCUCCCGUCCCAGCCAAGCCUGCCGAAGCGCUCGCGCCGGAACCCGAGCCGAUGACGAUGGAGGAGGAUGAAGAUGAACCGUUUGAGGAUGAUGGAACUGUAACUCCUACUGCGGAGGACAUGGAUCCUGCGGCUCUCCGAGCAUGGAAACUCCAGCAGGCUUUGUUUGCCAUGUCGGCAUACGGUCCGGAUAACCCGCCGGCACCUCCGGAGAACGUCGAGGAACUAUUACACUCUUUGUUCCCCAAGUUCGAUCGCAAAGCUCUCCCACGCUUUCUCGAACUCAUCCCUCACAAGAAGGCUUUCUUCCUUGGCAAGCAGCCACCGAAACCUCCGAAGCCCGUUCUGCCGAGCAAAUUACAUAUCGAACUGUCACAAGAUCAGGAGAGAAUUUUCAAGGCAGGGGGUCAGUCGCAUAAGCGGUCUCUGGAUUCGGAGCAUCUAGGAAUAGUCACCAUCGCCGAGAUUACUCAGGAAGAGGAGCCGGUCGAAUCUAGGGACGAGGCUGACCACGACACCGAUACUGACGAAGUUCUGCCUGGUGGCAUCACAUUGCAGGAUCUCCGUGUCGUGUGCUCUAACUGGGAGAUCAAGGAUGAUAUCUCCAUCAUGGACAUUGAUGAAGAGCCUGCCAAGGACGCUGUGGAGUCUGCUGAUGAGGAGGACUGGCUUGUGGAGACCGCCCGUCCGGCAAAGAAGCGCAAGCUCGGUAGAGAUCCCAUGGACGUGAUUGCGCUCUCUCACAUCGACCUGCCUUUGCUCGAUGACCCAGAGCAAGCUACCGUGCGGAUCGCUAAGAAGGUGACAAUCGACAUGAACGACCCCUUCAUCCUUCUCGAUGAGCGCGGUCCCGAGACCGUUGCCCCGAAACCCAAGGCUUUGGGCGAUCUCAAUCGGGAAGAAAUGGAUGUCAAUGUCACGCGGCGUCUCUCAUCGCGCUACAACAUUUCCAACGAUCAGGCGUACGAUAUGCUCAAGCAGAAUCAUCAGAACAAGAUCCGCAGCACGCUCGGCAAUGUCACUCUCGAACACAGUAUGCCCGCCCUUCGUCUGCAGUGGCCCUACUACAAGACCGAGUUGGCCAAAGCCGAAGCCAGAUCUUUCCACCGUCCUGCCUUGUCCUUCCGGCCUGGUCAGACCUGUUGGUUCAAAAAUCCUGCGUACAUCAAGCGCAAGCAUCAAAAGGGCAAGGACGCCAAGACUCUGUAUGACUCGACCAAGGCUUUGUCUAUGGCUGACAACUCCAACGUGCUGUUAGUGGAGUAUUCCGAAGAGAGCCCCUUCAUGCUCUCCAAUUUCGGCAUGUCCAAUCGAUUUAUCAACUACUAUCGCAGAAAGAGCAUGGAGGACUCUACCCGUCCAAAAGCCGAGAUAGGCGAGACGGUCGUUCUCCUCCCUCAGGACAAGAGUCCCUUCUCCAUCUUUGGUCAUGUUGAUCCCGGAGAGAUCACACCGACUAUCUCCAACUCCAUGUAUCGCGCACCUCUUUUCCAGCACCAACCGAGAUCAACAGAUUUCCUUGUUGUACGCAGCAGCACCGGCACCGGUGGCAGUGACUACUAUCUGCGGAACAUUGAGCAUCUCUACGUCGCGGGACAGCAGUUCCCAUCCGUCGACGUCCCUGGUCCCCACUCGCGAAAGGUCACAACUGUUGCAAAGAAUCGCAUGAAGAUGCUUGUGUAUCGACUGCUCAAGAAGAGUCCGGACUUGAGACUAUCGAUAAGUGAUGUCACCGCCCAUAUACCAGGCACAAGCGACAUGCAGAACCGUCAGAAAGUGAAGGAUUUCCUUCAACACGACAAGGACUCCAAGUACUGGGUGCCCUUGGAGCCAGUCCCCGAGUCUGAUACAAUCCGCUCAUGGGUCCAACCGGAGGAUGUGUGUCUCCUUGAAGCCAUGCAGGUCGGCCAGCAGCACCUCCAUGAUACGGGCUACGGAAAUGACGCGGAGACUGGAGGCGACGAGGAUGAGGACGGCGAAGGCGAAAGCUUUGAGCAGCAGAUGGCACCUUGGAAGGCAACCCGCAACUUCCUCUUAGCAUCUCAGGGCAAGGCAAUGCUGAAACUACAUGGAGAAGGUGAUCCUACCGGCCGUGGCGAAGGUUUCAGUUUUAUCAAGACCUCCAUGAAGGGCGGGUUCAAGGCCAUUGGAGAGAGUGUGGAAGACAAGUUGGAUGCCCAGCGAUUGAAGGAACUGGGCGGCCACAGCUACAAUGUCGCGAGACAACAAAAGUCCUAUGAAACAUCCAUCCGCCGAAUCUGGGACGCCCAGAAGGCCAGUCUGUCCUCAACAGUGGAACACUCCGACGACGAAAGCGACAUCGAUCGCGAAAUGGAAGAGGAGUUCAACAAACCCACCCCGCGUUCGGAGGCUCCGACGCCGGCGCCCAAUCGGCGCGAUGACGAAACUACCAGUCAGUUCAGCAAGAUCAGCAUGGCAGACCAAAAAGGCAAGGUUUUGCGUAUCGUCCGCCAGUUCAGAGAUGAGAGGGGCGAAAUCGUCCAGAAAGAGACAACCGUGUGGGAUCCGCGUGUCAUUCGACACUACAUGCAGCAUCGUCAUAAGAUGGAAGCUCUGACCACCAAACUCGAAUCCCUCCAACCAACCGGCGAUCCCGAGAUCGAUGCUCGCAACAAGAAACUUCUCGAAAACGAACUCAGCCGUCUCAACCGCAACAAGGAACGCCGCUUCGCGCGCGAGAAGCAAAAGGGCGCCUUCAAGUCCUCGACAGGCGACUCCCCGGCCGACGGCGCCAAGGCAGCUGGAACCCAGCGCAAAUGCGCCAACUGCGGCCAAGUCGGCCAUAUCAAGACUAACAAGAAGCUCUGUCCCCUGCUGAACGGGACUAUGAAACCCGAAGAUCGCGUCAGUGACUCUGCGUUCGCCAUGGGUGCUCCUCCUGCUAUCUGA